CGUAGCCAGACGCAGCACAGUUGCCAACAGCCGCAGCACAGUUUGUGCCAGUUUGGCACUUUUUGUCGACGCAGGCAGGCAGGCAGGGCACGGACAGGGGUGAUCCUGGGGGGCUUCGCCUCCCCCUGGAUCGCUUCGCUCGGGGGGCUCAGCCCAAAAACAACAACUUGGGCCCAGCGCAAAGGCCCCGACCGGGGUCUAAUUUUUUUAGGGCGUUCCGGCGCUCCUCCUGAACUGUGCGGAGGUCGCCACCGCCUCAGCGGCGGCAGCGGCGGCGGCCACGGCAGGCGGCUCGUAUGCCGCCGCCGCCGCCUAUGCGCGCCUACAUGUACAGCGGGCGCCCGCAGCCGCAGCCGCGGCUGUUGCGCGCGCCGCGGGUGUUGCACAGCACCGCCCCAUGCAUGUGGCCUGGCCUCUGCUGCUGUCGGCCGUCACCGUCUGCUUCAGUGUGCCAGCGAGGACACCUACCAGCGUGCCGUCUGCAUUCACAGCAGCUGUGGCGACAUGGCGGCGGCGGAGGGGGAGGCGGUGUGGGCUGGGAUGGUGCGUGUUGAGGGUGGCGAGUGCGUGGUCGUGUGGGGCGUCGCAGCACUGCCUGGCUUUGUGGGAAGUGACGCCCAGGGAGGUGAGGAGGGGGUGGAGGGCCUUGUGGAUUGUGCCUUGUCGCAGCGACCAUUGGGUCCGCCGGUCUUUGCAUUUCCCCAGAAAGAUCUGUUUGGAUAAGGACGUCGUAUUGCAUUGAGGCAGGAGGCCACGAGCUCGGCUUUUGGCUGUCGUCCCGAAUGUGCGCCCCCUAUCAUAGACCAGGUCUAGCUUCGUUGUAAAACUUGAGCGGGGCUGCAUAAACGCAUUAGCCUUGCGUGCUUGUGUAGUCGCGGUGUAGGUGUCUAGAGGGGUGUAUUGGUGUCUAGAGUGAUGGAGACAAAGCUUACAGCUAUGACAAUGCAUGGGACCCAUGGGACCCAUCGCGCUGAGCUCGCCCCAUGACCAGCCCAACACCGACAAAUCU